CUGGCAAUUAUAGCUGAUAAUGCCGUAUUGUGUGUUUGAAAGUUACUAAGGGAGAAGAUCUUAAAAAUUCUUAUCACAAGGAAAAAAUUGUUAAAAACACAACAUCUAAACUGAACAUACAGAGGAUGAGGACAUAUUUAGAGGUGGAGAACAGGUGUAAAUAUGGUUCUGUGAUAAGAUACCACAGACGAUUAUUAAAUUCCUUAAAGAAAAUGACCAUUGACAAAUAAAAUGAAGGCUGUUUAUUGUGUUAGGCUUUCACUGUUGCUGGAAAUGCUGCAUUGGCUAUUUCUCAGCAGCCCCUCCUUUCAUAAAGAUCCCUCUUAGCAGAGGGCCUACUUUCUCUAAUAAUAUCAUUGCAAAACAACCUCUCUAGCAUUAGUAAGCCGUGUUUCAGUUAAGAGGAGAAAUAUAUUAAACAGGAGAUGUUUUCUAUCCUGUCUCCCUUGAAUGCAGGGUACAGGAUUUGUUUUUGUAUAUUCUGUUAGAGUCAAAAUCGACUUGGGAAUAUUUCUCUGUACCCUGUGCUUCAUAUUGUAAAUAACUUUUCCUCCUCCCCCCUCUUCCUUUAUCAAAUCUUCCCCACUUGCAGUAUUUCCAAAAGAUGCAUAUGAGGUGUGAGUGUGUCUGUGGUCACGAGUGAGCAUGUGAACAUCUGAGUGUAGAGAGAGAUACUCUGGUGAGGAAGGUGUUGGUCUCUGAUUACAUGAAGGGAGUCUUCUCUGUUACCUCAGGGAUGGUCAUGUGGCCAGGGUGCUAUGUGGGCAGAACCUCUGGGGGGAGGUUCUCCUCUUUAUUCAGUCCCUGCCCCUCCCCACACAUAGCCCCCAGCAUCUCCCUUCUAAAGUUCUGAGAUGACUCCACUUCCCUCAAACUCUGCUUCCCUUUUCUGUUAAUCCCAGUAUGUCUGUCUGGUUAGCUACUUCAUAUAUAAACCUGAAUUUUAGUUUCCCCACCACUUUCUCCAAAUCUGUUCAACUUGUAUCCGUCUUUUCCCUAUAUUGCAAGGCCAUUUUUCAUACUUCUUUGAACCAAAUACUUCCGGGAUACUCUGAUUAUCCUGUUCCCCACCAGGAGUUUUUCUUGUUACAUUUUACCUUUUUUAUAUUUUCUGUCAGAUGGUGAGACCUGGACUGAGGAUCAAUUAAUUAUAAAGCAGAAAACUCUUGAAGUAGGGCUGCGACUACACGAAGGAGAUGAAUGUGAACAAAACAAAAGGGGCUCUGUGAAUAUGGACAAAGCUUUCAUAACAGCACAAACUCUAUCCAACAGCCACAAAUUCUUAAUUGAAGAGAAAUCCCAAAUGUGUAAUAUUUGUGGAAAAUUACUCAGAUGGAACUCAUACCUUAUUCAGCAUGAAAGGAUCUAUACACAAGAGAAACCUUAUGAGUGUCAUGAAUGUGGAAAAGCUUUUGGCCAUAGUUCGAACCUUAUUCAGCAUCAAAGAAUACAUACUGAAGAGAAACGCUAUGAAUGUAGUCACUGUGGGAAAACCUUCCAGCACAGCUCACAUCUUAUCCAGCAUCAGAUAAUUCAUACAGGAGAGCUGCCUUAUAUGUGUAAUGAAUGUGGGAAAGCUUUUGGUUGGAGCUCAAGUCUUGUUCGACACCAGAGAAUCCACAUGAGGGAGAAACUCUAUGCGUGUAGCGAGUGUGGGAAGGCCUUCAGCCAGAGCUCAAAUCUAAUAGAACACCAGCGAGUUCACACCAAAGAGAGACCAUAUGAGGGCAAUGACUGUGGGGAAACUUUCAGUCGUAACUCGCACCUCAUUGAACACCAGAGAGUCCACACAGGGGAGACUCCUUAUGAUUGCAGCGAGUGUGGGAAAUCUUUUAGUAGGAGUUUACUUCUUAUUAAACACCACAGGAUUCACACUGGAGAGAGACCCUAUGAAUGUUGUGAAUGUGGGAAGGCCUUCAGUCGGAACUCUCACCUUAUUCAGCACCAGAAAACUCACACUGGAGUAAAGGCUUCUGAAUACAAAGAAUGUGGGAAAACCUUCAAGUACAGUUCAUACCUUUCCAAUCAUCUGGGAAUCCACACGAGAGAAACUGAAUGAAAUAAAGGUGGUAGAGCCUUUGGUCAGAGUUCAGCUCUGAUUGAAUGUCAGAGAGCUUGCAAUUGGGGAGAAACCCUUUGGGUUUUGUGAGGGUGGACGGCCUUCAGUGCUGGUUCAACUCUUAUUAAAACCUGAAAAUCCAGAUAGUAGACAAAUCUCAUCGGUGUGUUCAAUGCACAAAAACCUUUAGAUGGAGUUUCAGCAUCAGCAGAUUCACUUUGGAGGAGAGUGUGUCAGAGAGGGGCAUGAAAGGGACAGAAUGCAGCAUGACCAAGGUGAUGGCUAAGCGGAACCUUCAGUUAGCACUAUUGCUUAUUUGAUGUUGAAGAUCUGCAUCAGAGGGAGAUUGUGUGGUUUGCUUUCCAAAUCUUCAUAGUUGCCCUCUGAAAAGGGAAUGAGUUAAGUCCAUCCCAGGGAAGAAAGAAUCAGGGAAUUCUGGAUUCAGACUUGUAGGUCAAGAAAGCAGCAGGGUGACCUUUGAACCCAGUAACUCUCCUUCUAUCUCAUCUAUUCCAUUUGUUGUAACUAUUAAUGGAAGUGGCUCUUGGGUCUUAGACCAGCAUUUCGCCCCUCAGUGUUCUGCAGACUAUUGAAUCUUUUUGUUUUAUAUGACAUAAAUGAACUUAAUAAACGGGCAGAUUUUCUAGACCAAA